ACGAGUAGCCUCUCCAGUUCGUAUUCAGCAGUACUGUCCGGGUGCUCGUCGUGAUCAAUUCGUACCGCAGCGGGGUGCCGUUUUUCACUGGAAUCAAAAUAACGUGCAGUUUAUUCGCAUCAACCACAAGUGAAUAACAUUGCGAACAGUGAGAAUAACUCUUGUUAGAAAAUAACAGCUUUUGGAGAGAUUAGUGAAUGAAAUUAAACUACAACAAAUUAGCUCUAACAAUGUUAUGCCUAAGUUUAACGGCGGUUAUAUUCUUUGGUGCGAUGGUCAAAGUAGAAAGUGCAACGAUAAUCAGCUCUGGAGAACGAUCGCAAGUGUUUCAGCUAAACGAAGAACCUGUCAUCGGGGUUCUGGCUCAGGAGAUGUCCUAUUCACUGGCCGCCAAGUACGAAGAAGACUUCGAAAGCUACAUCGCUGCAUCCUACGUGAAAUUCAUUGAAGGAGCCGGAGCGCGCGUUGUGCCAAUUUGGAUCAACAAACCUCGUUCCUACUACGAAAAUAUUCUGGCUAACCUGAAUGGUGUUCUGCUUCCGGGAGGUGCCACUUGGUUCAACGUAUCGAAUGGAUACGCCGAAGCUGGGCGGCAUAUAUACGAUAUAGCAAAUCUGAUCAAUGCCCAGGGUAGUUAUUUUCCCAUUUGGGGUACGUGUUUAGGUUUUGAGUUGCUAACUUAUCUGGCUGCUAACGGAGACGAACACCGUGCUCACUGUAGCUCUAACAAUCAAGGACUACCAUUGAACUUCAAGAUAGACUUCCGGAAAAGUCGUCUAUUCGGAGAAACUCCCGACGAAGUGAUAGCAAUAUUGGCAAAUGAACCAGUGACAUCUAAUUUUCAUCAGUUCUGUGUUACCGAGAAAAACUUCACUGAGUAUGGACUAGAUCAUGACUGGAGGGUGAUGUCUACCAAUGAGGAUUGGAAUGGAUUGAAAUUUAUAUCCUCAAUAGAACAUAAAACGUUACCUUUCUACGGUAUUCAAUUUCAUCCAGAGAAAAACGUGUAUGAAUGGGUUCGCAACAAGAACAUUUCUCACAGCGUAAAUGCUAUCAAAGUUUCCCAGUACUUUGCGGAUUUCUUUGUGAGUGAGGCUCGCAAAAGCAAUCAUCACUUUAGUAGCCAGGAUGAUAUCGACCGGCACGUGAUCUACAACUUUCCGGUUUAUUUCACCGGGUUAAAGCGGUCUGCUUUCGAGCAGUGUUACUUAUUUGAAGGUAAUGUUAACUAUUUGGAUGGAAUUCCACCAGUAUAUCCAAAUCGCACGGAUAACGACAAGUCCGAAUCGGCUGGGCUCGGUAGAAAAUUCGCUACAUCAGAAACUAAUGCGGUUCGUGCAUGACGCUUCCAGAGAGUUUUAGAUUUGAGCUCAGCGCUACGUCGAAAGAAAUAAGAAAAAAAUGACUAAACAAAAAAUCUGCAAGUCUGUGUAAGUUCACCAAACAAUGAAGUUUCUAUGCAGUGGAUUAAAUGCAACUAUCGUCGCUUCCUUGAAAAGUGUCAUGACUGUACUAAUAAAAGAUACAAGAGAAUUAUUUUUCAAUAGCAGAUCUGAA